UCCAUGUCGGAGAAGAAACCAUCUCUGCCGAGCGCCGGUUCCGCUCAGAGCCGCUUCCAGGUGGAUGUGGUGACUGAGGCAUCCCCCGCUCCGGGUCCAGGCUCCGGGACCGCCGAUGGGUCCAGGGCUCCCCCUGAGGAGGCCAAAGGCCGGUUCAGGGUGGUGGGCUUCUUGGACUCCGGCGCGGACAUCGGACCCCCUCCUGAUGUUUCCCACGAGCCGGACGCCACAAAGAGCGACUCUGUUAGCCUCCACUCCACCGGCACCGGGCACACGCACAUCUCGGACUCCCACUCCAACACCUACUACAUGCGGACCUUCGGACACAACACCAUCGACGCGGUGCCCAACAUCGAGUUCUACCGGCAAACUGCGGCGCCUUUCGGGGAGAAACUGACCCGACCUUCGCUGUCGGAGCUCCACGAUGAACUCGAUAAAGAGCCCUUUGAGGAGGGCCUGGCCAACGGAGAGGAGCUGUCAGCAGCGGAGGAGGCGGCAGCCUUGAUGGCCAAGGAGGCGAAAGGAGGGACCAUCAAGUUUGGUUGGAUCAAAGGAGUUCUGGUGCGCUGCAUGCUGAACAUCUGGGGGGUGAUGCUCUUCAUCAGAAUGUCCUGGAUUGUUGGACAGGCUGGGAUCGGGCUCACUAUUGCCAUCAUUUCCAUGGCCACUCUGGUCACCACCAUCACCGGCCUGUCAACCUCAGCGAUCGCAACGAACGGCUUCGUACGAGGAGGAGGAGCGUACUACCUGAUCUCCAGAAGUCUGGGUCCUGAAUUCGGGGGAUCCAUCGGUCUCAUCUUCGCCUUUGCAAACGCAGUGGCUGUGGCCAUGUACGUCGUUGGUUUUGCUGAGACCGUUGUCGAGAUGCUGAACGAUGUUGACGCGCUGAUGACCGACGAGCUGAACGACAUCCGAAUCGUUGGGACUCUGACCAUCAUUCUGUUGUUGGGGAUUUCUGUGGCUGGGAUGGAGUGGGAGGCCAAGGCUCAGAUUGUCCUCCUGGUGAUCCUGCUGGCAGCCAUUGUCAACUUCUUUUUGGGAACCUUCAUGCCAACGGACAAUAAAGAGCCCAAAGGAUUCUUCGGAUACCACACUGCCAUCUUCCUAGAGAACUUUGGUCCAGAUUUCAGAGAAGAGGAGACGUUCUUUUCUGUGUUUGCCAUUUUCUUCCCCGCAGCCACGGGGAUCCUGGCCGGAGCCAACAUCUCCGGUGAUCUCAUUGACCCGCAGUCUGCGAUCCCUAAAGGAACCCUGCUGGCCAUCCUCAUCACAGGCGUCACCUACGUGGCUGUCGCUGUCUCUACAGGUUCCUGCAUCCUGAGGGACGCCACCGGAGAUCAGAACGACACGGUGAGCGACACGGUGAACUGCACUGACGCCGCCUGCCAGCUCGGAUACGACUUCACCAUCUGCAAGGAGGGCGGCUGCCAGUACGGCCUGAUGAACGACUUCCAGGUGAUGAGUCUGGUGUCUUUCUUCAGUCCUCUGAUCACCGCAGGGAUUUUCUCAGCCACUCUCUCCUCAGCUCUGGCUUCACUGGUCAGCGCUCCCAAAGUCUUCCAGGCUCUCUGUAAGGACAACAUCUAUCCAGGACUGGCUAUAUUUGCUAAAGGAUAUGGUAAAAACAACGAGCCUCUCCGUGGUUACGUCCUGACCUUCUGCAUUGGCCUCGCCUUUAUCCUCAUUGCUGAGCUGAACAUCAUCGCGCCCAUCAUCUCUAACUUCUUCCUGGCCUCCUACGCUCUCAUCAACUUUUCUGUCUUCCAUGCCUCCAUGGCCAGCUCUCCAGGGUGGCGUCCCAGCUUCAAGUACUACAACAUGUGGGUGUCUCUGGCGGGGGCCAUCCUGUGCUGCGUCGUGAUGUUUGUCAUCAACUGGUGGGCCGCCCUCGUCACCCUGCUCAUUGUCCUCGCGCUCUACAUCUACGUCAGCUACAAAAAACCAGAUGUGAACUGGGGUUCGUCCACUCAGGCUCUGAUCUACAACCAGGCCCUGACUCACUGCCUGAAUCUCUCCGGAGUCGAGGAUCAUGUUAAAAACUUCAGGCCGCAGUGCUUAGUUCUGGCCGGUUAUCCAAACUCUCGCCCCGCUCUGCUGCAGCUGGUCCACUCUUUCACCAAGAACGUCAGCCUGAUGGUCUGCGGCCACGUCAGGACUGUGUCUCGUCGGCCAAACUUCAAGGAGCUGUCCCAGGAUUACGCUCGCUGUCGGCGCUGGCUCAGUAAGAAACGCAUCAAGGCCUUUUACACGCCUGUUUUUGCUGACAACCUGAGACAAGGGACACAGCUGCUCCUGCAGGCUGUGGGUUUGGGUCGCCUGAAGCCCAACACGCUGGUCAUGGGUUUCAAGAACAACUGGAGUGACGGAGACAUGAGAGAUGUGGAGAAUUACAUCAACUCUAUCCAUGACGCCUUUGACCUCCAGUUCGGAGUCGUGAUCCUCAGACUUCUGGAUGGACUGGACAUCUCUCACAUUCAGGGGCAAGAUGAGCUUCUGCAGCCCAGCGAGAAGCCACCAAAAGACAGUAAAGAUGUUCUGAUUUCUGUCAGUUUGGCUAAAGACUCAGAUUCUGACUCCUGUCUGUCAAAAAACCCCAGCAACCAGAGCAGCCCACUCAUCAUGAGAGAAACUAAAUCCCCUCUGAGUCUGACUGACCAGCGUCUCUUGGAGAGCAGCCAGAUGUUCAAGAAGAAACAGGGUAAAGGAACCAUAGACGUGUGGUGGCUGUUUGAUGACGGAGGUCUGACUCUGCUGAUUCCAUAUCUGCUGACCACCAGGAGCAAGUGGAGCGACUGCAGAAUCAGAGUCUUCAUCGGUGGAAAGAUUAACCGAAUUGACCACGACCGUCGAACGAUGGCCACCCUGCUGAGCAGGUUCAGAAUCGACUUCUCUGACAUCAACGUUCUCGGAGACAUCAAUGUGAAACCUAAAAAACACAAUAAGCUGAGUUUUAAGGAGCUGAUCGAGCCAUACAGGCUGAGGGAGGACGACAUGGAGCAGGAGGCUGCGGAGAGGCUGAAGGCUCAGGAGCCCUGGAGGAUCACUGACAACGAACUGGAGCUCUACAAGGCCAAGACCAACCGUCAGAUCAGGCUGAACGAGCUGCUGAAGGAACACUCCAGCACCGCCAAGCUCAUCGUCAUAAGCAUGCCUUUGGCCAGGAAGGGCACGGUGUCGAGCGCCCUCUACAUGUGCUGGUUGGAGACCCUGUCCAAAGACCUCCCCCCGCUGCUGCUGGUCCGAGGAAACCACCAGAGUGUCCUCACCUUUUACUCAUAACACACACCAAACAUAAGAUACACACUGUCCACACACAAAUACACUGUGUGUUUAGGCCUCAGAGUUUCUUUCUCAUCUGCACAAGAGCAGAGGAAUGAUCAGACGUCAGGUUUGGGGAAGAUUGUUGCUGUGAAGAGAGAAAUGUUUCCACAUUCUCACUGACAAACUAUUAAACUGAGUCAACAAGAAGUUUCCUUAACAUCAGGCUGUUUGGCUUCUUCGUGCUUUAAAUGAAGAAAAGUAACUCCAGUACACAUUAACUUUUUUAAUAAUUCAGAAU